AACCAGCAAUGGCGACUCCGACGCCACCACCGCUCGUCCUUAUCCUCCUGCUCCUCGUCGCCUCCUUCCCUUCCCCCCCACGUGCCACGGCCUCCGCCUCCCCGUUCGAUGCCGCGCUGGCCGCGCUCCAGUCGCGGGUGGGCUACGCCUUCCGCGCGCCGGCCCUGUUACGCCGCGCCAUGACGCACUCCUCCUACUCCCACGAGAACGGCCGCGCGCUCGCCGUCCUGGGCCUCGCGGCGGCGGAGUCCGCCGCCGCGCUGCGCGCCCUCGCCGCCGACGCGGACGCCGCGCCCUCCGCCGUGUCGCGCGCCGCCAGCGAGGCCGCGUCCGGCCCCGCGUGCGCCAGGGCCGGGGCGCGGAUCGGGAUCCCGGACGUCGUGCGCGUCUCUGGCCAGACCAGCGCGGCCGCGCCGACCGUCGUCUGCAGCGCGCUCAGGGCGCUCGUCGGCGCCGUAGCCGUCGACGCCAACAGCACCGAUGCCGCCGGGGAGGUGUUCUGGAGGCUGCACGCGCUCACCUCAUCGGCCGCCGUCGCCGCAGUCUGAUCAGCCAACUGCAUCGCGGGUUGCACACUUGCACUUCAUCUCAGUUGCUGUCUCGAGAAAUAUAUAAAAAAAAAAUAGAGAGGACACGGUGAAGAAGAGGAGGUAUAGAUAGCAACGUUUAAGAAUCUUUUCUCUUGUGAUGUUCAACUGCCACUUUGUAAUGCUAUGCUAUGCUAUGCUCCACUCUACUGGUAGUACGUUUUUCCAUCCAUCUAGGAAUGUCCAUUUUGGAUCUCUGGCUGCAAUAAAAUAAAUUUGAUGAAACA